AUGGCAGCAACGUCACCGACAGCGGCAGAGGAAGACCUCUGGUCUUCCAUGCUUUCGAAUGUCGCUUCCUCGAAACGAUUACCUCAGAAAUCAAUUCUCGUACUCGGAGGUGGUGCGGAUGAGCAAAAGGAAUUCGUGGAUGCCUUGGGUGGCUAUACAUCGGACAAUCGCAAGCAAGGUCGAAGGCCGCCGGUUGCCAAUGAAUUCGCUCUUGGUUAUACAUAUCUAGAUGUUCUCGAUGCUGAACAAGAAGAUGUCCUCGCCCGCCUCGGUCUAUACCUUGUUUCAUCCCCGACACCGGCUUUCUCACCGCUUCUAAAACCGCUAUUCACACCUGAAUUACUCCCCGAUACCCUAGUCAUUCUACUCCUCGACUGGCGGACACCUUGGACAUGGCUCAGACAAACGAGGCGCUGGAUACGGUUACUCCGAAACAUAUUCUCGCAGUUGGACAAUGACGCCAAGGAGGCAUUGGAGGAGGUCAUGAAGGCUUGGGAGGCAAGACCGAGGAAUUUUGGUGAGACUGGAGCGAUUCAAGUCCCUGGGGCGGCUCCUGAGGUACAGAUUCCACUGGGACCUGGGGAGUUUGAUGAACCGUUAGGAUUACCGUUCCUGGUGGUCUGUCAGAAUGCCGACAAGAUCGAAACUUUAGAGCGGGAAAGAGGGUGGAAAGAAGAAGAGUUUGAUUUUGUUCUGCAGUUCAUGAGAACAAUACUGCUAAAACACGGAGCAUCACUCAUCUAUACAAGCCCCUCAAUACCCUCCUCCCUUCAAUCACUAGUCUACACUUCCCUCUCCCUCCCCGUCUCAUCAAAGCAAACCCUCCGCCACAAUGUAAUCGAGCGAGAAAGAGUUCUCGUCCCGCCGUCCUGGGACUCCUGGGGCAAAAUCCGUGUUCUCCGCGACUUCGACGUCGAAGGCGUUGGUUCCGGCUGGUCCGUCGACAUUGACUUUUCGCCCACAUCAGCAGCCUCAAUCACAGAAUUAGAUCUAGACGCCCCAGUCGAAGGUGGCGCGGUGGAGUUAUUCGAGGAAGUCAUCCGCGACAGUAGGAGUGAUGAUUCACUUGCUGCAUUAAGACCCAAGGGAGCGAUAGAGAUGCCACCUGUGGAUCUACAGGAGUUUUUAGGGACGCAACUUGAGCUUUUGGAAAAUAAGAGAGAUGAUGAAAAGGGUUCUGGGGGAAGUGGAAGCGGGAUUGGAGUUGGAGGGAAUAGGAACGCUAUGGGCACUAUAGGGGAGACAGAUAGUAGGGUUAGAGAUCAUGUUGGCCCGGUACAGUUUAAUGUCGGAGGGAUACAAGUUGAUGCGGAUGAUAUGUUACGGAGGAUAAAGGACCGAGAUGCAGCUGCAAGUCUUGAUCCGACAGGCGCAAACGCUGCAGGCGGUGGACCAACAUCACCCGGUGGUGAUGGCAAGAGUCAGAACGAAGUACUCGCUCAAUUUUUCAGCAGCUUGAUGAACAAAAAAGGUGGUGGAGGAAAAGGCGGACCAGGCGGUGGAAGUACUGUAAAAUAA